AUGACUGACCGCAAACGCAGAAGAGACGCUAGCCCAACGAACAGUCCUGUUCCUUCGGAUUCAAUACCACCAUUUAGUCCUAUUGGCAGCCCACUGUCUGAUAGCGAUGCCUCCGCUGUUGAGGACAAUGUUAUCGAGGAUGAUAGUAAUUCUAUCGAAAGCGAAGACGAUCAAGGAGAGGAUUUGUUCGGAUCGGAUAUGGAAGCAGACUACCGAGAAAAUCGUCGGCAAGAUCGUUAUGAAAGUGAACAUGUGGACGACCAAAUAUAUGAUCCUAUAGAUCCAGAAACGCGUAGGAUGGCUGAGAGAACUAUGUACCGAAGAGAUGUAGAAGAGGGACGGCUUCCUGCAGCUUUUGAUGACGAUGAGGACAGGCGAUAUGAUGUCUUUAGAGCUCGAGGUCGGUUUUUCGACGAUGUUGACGACAUGGAUUUGGAAAUUGCCGAAGUGGAAAUCGACCCAGUUAAUUUGGGUGAUAUAAAAACAGCAUCAAUCAAUGAAUGGGUUACAUCUGAGGGUCCGCGUAAGGCAAUCAAAACAAAAUUUAGAUCCUUCCUGGCGAGUUACAAGGAUUUUAAUGGUAAUCCUGUGUAUGGAGCUCGCGUUAAAACACUUUGCGAAGAACAAAUCGAGUCUUUGGAAGUAAGUUACAAACAUUUAGCAGAGGCUGAACCGAUAAUAGCCGCAUUUCUUGCAAAAGCACCUGCAGAAAUGUUAAAAAUAUUUGAUGAAGUUGCAUUUAAAGUUGCUCUGCGAUAUUACCCUAACUAUGGGGAGAUUCAUCGAGAAACACAUGUUCGCAUAGUCGACCUACCCACGUUUCACACUCUGAGAGAUCUCAGGCGAACACACGUAAAUACAUUAGUACGCAUCUCGGGUGUUGUGACAAGACGAACUGGAGUGUUCCCGCAAUUGAAAUAUGUUAAAUUUAACUGUGCCAAAUGCGGAAACGUCAUGGGACCAUUCUACCAAGACAUUCAGAAUGAAUUAAAGAUCAGUCAUUGUGUCCAUUGUGAAUCACGCGGGCCAUUUUUAUUAAAUGCUGAACAAACGUAUUACCGGAAUUAUCAAAAAAUUACUCUUCAGGAGACUCCAGGGAGCGUCCCUCCCGGGCGGUUACCGCGCCAUCGUGAAGUCAUUUUAUUGUGGGAUUUGAUUGAUUCAGUCAAGCCAGGAGAAGAAAUUGAAGUUACGGGCAUUUAUCGUAAUAAUUUCGAUGCAGUACUGAACGUAAAAAGUGGGUUCCCAACAUUCGCGACUAUCAUCGAAGCUAAUUAUAUAAGCAAAAAGGACGAUCUAUUUUCAAACUUUCGAUUAUCUGAAGAGGAUAAACAAAGACUUGAGGCUCUAAAAAAAGAUGAAAAUAUAGGAAGCAAGAUAAUAAACAGUAUAGCACCAUCAAUUUACGGACAUGAAGAUAUAAAAAGAGCUAUUGCAUUGUCAUUAUUCGGCGGUGUCCCAAAAAACGUUGGAGGGAAGCAUCGGUUACGAGGUGACAUUAAUGUUCUGUUAUUGGGUGAUCCAGGAACUGCCAAGUCCCAGUUUUUGAAAUAUAUUGAGAAGACUGCACACCGAGUUGUCUACACCACUGGACAGGGUGCGUCCGCUGUCGGUCUCACUGCUUCUGUGCGGAAAGACCCUAUUACCAGAGAAUGGACGCUGGAAGGCGGUGCUCUUGUAUUAGCAGACAAGGGCGUAUGUCUGAUUGACGAAUUUGACAAAAUGAAUGAUGCUGACAGGACUAGUAUUCAUGAGGCAAUGGAACAGCAGAGCAUAUCGAUUUCGAAGGCCGGAAUAGUGACAUCACUUCAAGCUCGGUGUGCAGUUAUCGCUGCAGCAAAUCCUGUCAGAGGCCGAUACAAUACAUCUGUCCCCUUCUCACAGAACGUAGAUCUCACAGAACCUAUUUUGUCUCGCUUUGAUGUCAUGUGUGUGGUCAAGGAUAUUAUUGAUCCGACCACAGAUGAGACUUUGGCCAAGUUCGUUGUAAACAGUCAUAUGCGAAGUCACCCUGAUUGUCAGAGUACUGAAGAACAGACCCUCUUACAGUCGAUGGAUCUCAUAGAUCAGGAGACUUUGCGUAAAUAUAUUAUGUAUGCGAAAGAAUUAGAACCUAAACUGCACCAGCUCGAUCAGGACAAACUAUCUCAGCUAUAUUCGGACUUGCGCCGCGAGGCUGGCGAUAGCAUACCGAUUACAGUGCGUCAUUUGGAGUCUAUGCUCCGCUUAGCCGAAGCCAAUGCAAGAAUGCACCUUCGCACCCACACGAACUCUUCUGAUGUAGACGUUGCGAUAGAUGUUGUGUUACAAAGCUUUUUUGCUUCUCAAAAGUAUUCAGUGGCGAGCAGGUUACGGCGGACUUUCGCGAAAUACAUCAAUAGAACUCGUAAUUACCAUGAAAUACUGCUGCACGUAUUAAACACGAUAGUGCGAGAAAAAGUAAAGCUAAUGAGAGCAGAGAGACCGGCUGACGCACCAAACAGAGUUGCGAUUAACAAAACUGAAUUACAGAAUCGGGCAAAGAAUUUGGAUAUUCAUACAAUCGAACCAUUCCUAAAAAGCAAUGAGUUCAAGAAAAACUUCAAGGAAGAGGGAAAUACGAUAGUGAAGCUCUUUGCUGAGGCAUAA